GAUAACUGUGGAAACCUAAAAAUUAGAACUACGAGAAUAUAUCACUAUCUAGUAUGUACUAUCAAACGUUGCAUCAAGAUUCAUUGUAUUUAGGAUACCUGAAAUGUAUAUCUUAUUUUCAAAUAAUCAUUAAAAUGAUGUCAUAGUUUGGUGAAAUUGUAUUAAUCGUAUUCCACCUUACUGUGGAUAUAUUACUUAUCUAAUCAAUACUUUGAAAAUUACAGAGAUAUGAGACUUGAUUAGGACUGUACGGACGAAUCGAUAAACAUUUUUCAGUGACUGCUAAAGUCGUAAUAAAGUCCUUUUGAGAAACAAAAGUGCAUAUAUUAUUUUAGUCUCAGUGUCUUCUUCAAAGGGAUUUUCCAAAAAUGGCUUACAAUCCCCCACCAAGUGGACCACCCCCAUAUUUCGGCUACCCUCCACCACCCAGUCAAGCACCGGGUUCCUACGCAUACGUCCCAGCGCCGGUAAUGAUGCCGGUGUUCCCGCCACCACCAGAAGGUCCACCAUCGCAACCAACCUACGUGACCAAUUAUAUUUACCCACCGCAACCUAUACCAGAACCAGUCCACGUUGUAGACCAUCCUGUCCCCGAUUUUUCUCCCGAGCUCAUUGACUGGGUACCCACCACACCUGCGGAGGCUCACACGUUGUACGGCCGAGCGUACCCGGCGGGUCGGGAGGGCUGGGACGGAAGCCCCCUGUGGUCUAUACGAGCUCACCACAACGGAGGCCUGGUGCCCGGCAAGCUGGCUAUCAAGCAUCGUGCGGCGUACAUACCGUUCGCUGGCAGAGAAAUACCUGUUCAUAACUUUGAGGUUCUGUGUGCCCCUGCCCACGCCGUCCAAUGGGUGGCCGCUAGUCACGGACAAGUGCCCCCGGGGGCCAUCAUAGCUGGCAACACCAAUACUGCCGAACCACUCUACGUGGGACGAGCCCGACACAGGGGGUCUUUAUCUCCUGGCAAGGUUCACCCUAGCCACGAAGUUUGCUACAUUUCUUUCGGCGGAUCCGAGGUGGCCAACAGGCAGUACGAGGUAUUGUGCCGAACUGCAGAAUUUACGCCAUAUUAAUUGAAAAUUACGAUGCUAAGCAGCACUUACUAAUAAUGAAAAAAUCUAGUUAAUGGUUAAUAAAUCUAGUCACGGUCACCGCCAAGUUUCUCAUGUUUUUAAAUAGUGUAGAAACCCCUAAUUAGUCUAAAGAAGAGCAGAGAGAUCCCAAUUUCGACCCCUUGAUUUCCAAAUUUCCAAAAUGAUUUCUAUAACGACUUUCUAUGUUACAAAAUUAUUUCCAUUAUGAAGUAGAUCGUGA